GAGUGCGGAGAGUUAGGUGUGUGCAAUUUAGCGUUUUUGAAAUGGUCAUGAAAUUGGACCUUUUCUUUUCCAAAAUCCCCAAUUCAAUGUUCACUGAAUUCCAUUUUUUCUCCUCUCUUUUCGUUGUCUUUUCCUCUCAGUUUCUCCCUUCGCAAUCUUACGAUUUCUCUCUCUAUCUUCCCCCCCUUUAUAAUUCCCCCAUCAUCCAUUUCAAAGGUAAUGGGGAAAUCAAAAUGGAGUGAGCAGGUGAAGGUACCUUCAGGCGCCGGCCUUGAAGCUCCUCUCGGCGAUGGCUUUAGCUGGAGAAAAUACGGCCAGAAAGACAUUCUUGGAUCCAAAUUCCCCAGAGGCUAUUUCAGAUGCUCCCAUCGCUAUGCACAAGGAUGUUUAGCAACAAAACAAGUUCAAAAAUCAGACAAAGAUCCAACAAUCUAUGACAUAACCUACAAAGGAAUGCACACUUGCAACAGAGUUCUUGAUUCAGUAACAACCAAACCACAAGAACAAAAGCCAUUAAUUCAACACCCAAUGCCACCAAAACAAGAACAAAUGCCAUUGCAACAUGACCCUUCAUGCUCUGGCUUUGGCGUGGACGCUGUUCGGGUGAAAUCCGAGAACCCAGACGACGUCGACGGUGGUGUCUUCCGUUUCCGCGUCCCUUCACCAUGGUUUGGAUCUGAAGUUCGAGGAGAUCAUAGCCCUUUCGAGGAAAGUGAGCUUGGGGGAGUGUUGUCUCCGACGACGUUUGAGUCGAGGGAUGCGUUUGGAUUGUGUUAUAUCGGCGAUCCAGCUUGGGAUUCGGAGUUUGGGUUCGUUUCGGUCCCUCAUUCGGCGUCAAAUGUCCCCAUUGGAGAUAUGGAGGAGUAUUGCUCUUUUGAUAACUUGGAGUUGUUCUGUUGAAGCAAAUUUUCUCACCUCCCAAACAAACAAGAGAGGGAAAGAAAAGAAAAGAAAAGAAAAGAUUUGUGUAUUUGUAUAAGCCAGCAUUGAAGAGAGAUGAGGGAGAAUGUGAAGGCCUCCUACAUUGCCGGUUUUUGCUCUUUGGUUGGUCCUUUGGGAGACCAAAUUUUUAGUGUAAUUAUUGAUAUUCCUUUAGGAUAAAGUAGGAAUUUGGUAAGUUUCUUACAACUUGUGUAUUUGAAUUAGUGAAUAAUAAGAUUUGGUUUAUCUA